CAAAAUUAUUCAACGGACGACUCCGUGCAUACGUUUGAUAAAUGUGUGAAAUAUGUACUUUAUGUCGUCCUAAUCAGUGCCAGGCCGUGCCACCGACUAUUUGGACAAAAAAUUGCCAUCUAUGAGACUCCCGCCUUUCCUCGUUUGGAUUCCGAACGAGGAGGUUCUUUAUCGUUGCCAUGGCAACGUGCGACAAACACUGCCAAACAUUCUCAUUGAGUAGCGAUCAAAACGGGUCGGCUAACGAUUAUGCACGAGUGAUGUAUGACGAGACGGUCAACGUUGUUAACGCUAGAGAGAUCGACAGCCCGUCGAGUGACGAGGAAGUGGUAAAAGCAACAAUGUCCAAGUUUAAUCCCCCAGUGAGGCAUACCGCCAGGCAUGACUUCGAUUCGGACAGUGAAACCGAGUCGGAAGGCGACAAGUUUUUGGGCAAUAUGUCCGGAGAAGAUCAGUCGCCGGAUAGAAAGUCACAACCUUCAGAAAAAUCAAUGGAAGCCCCCAAAGUGAGCAGAGCUGACCUUAUGAAGGAGACUAGCGGGAGAUCCAGGCCUGUCGCCAAACGUGAAGAUUCAUCCAAUUCAGAUACAGACACAGGAGAUCUGGAACCUGAGCGAGUGGAUCCAAUGUUGGGCAGUGGUCGUAAAAGAGGGGGUGUGGUCAUACCUGCUGAGGGGGCCUACGAUCCCAAGAACUUCGUGGACUUGAAGGUGCCUCCGGAAAUGGAGAACAUAUUCCAGUACAUUAUGAAAUACACGCCACAGAAGAUAGACAUAGACCUGAAGCUGCAGCCAUUUGUCCCGGAGUAUGUGCCGGCUGUGGGAGACAUUGACGCCUUCAUCAAGGUCACCACCCCCGCCUGCAACGUGCGCGCCGCGCCCCUAGCUGACCACGUCUUGGAACAUAUUGAUAAUUUAGGGUUGACGGUGUUAGACGAGCCAGCUGCUGAGCAGAGUGACGCGGCGCUCCUACAUCUGCAGCUCAGGGCCAUCUCCAAGACCAACAGUGCCAAGUCUACUGUGGUAACGAAGAAGAUAGAAAACGCAGAGAAAAAUUCAAAAGCUAUUGAACGUUGGAUCAAGGAUGUGAGUGAGCUAUAUCUGUCGAAGCCCGCGCCGACUGUCGCGUAUACAAGUAAAAUGCCGGACAUUGAUACCUUAAUGGAGGAAUGGCCGGAAUCUAUGGAGGAAACGCUAAACGAGGUCGGUUUCCCUCCAGGCAACUUGGACUGCAGUCUUUCCCAGUAUGUGGACCUUGUAUGCGGGUUAUUCGACGUGCCCAUAGCCGGCGACACAUUGAACGAUAGGAUCCAAGCCCUGCAUCUCCUGUUUAGUUUGUAUUCUGCUGUGAAAACAUCACAAUUGUAUGCUGAAAGACAGAAGGAACAAAGCGAUAGCAACGCUUAG